AUGAAUUAAAACACUUAAGCAACAGAGCAAUUAGUUCAUGCUGGAAAGUGGUUACACUUCAAACUUCUACUAUUUAAAAUUAAAGAGAGGUAAAAGGUCUAUGAAUACACCGAGAAACCACCAGGUUAUAGAGGAGGUGUUCGAGUAAUACCAAUAGUGAACUACAAGAAUAAACCAAAUACAAUAAUCAUAGUUGCCAAUUUCAGACCUCCUAUUCGUAAAUAUUGUUUAGAAUUUCCUGGAGGAUUAAUAGACAAGGAAGGAGAUUAUUAUGAAAAUGGAAUUCGGGAGUUAAAAGAAGAAACAGGUUAUAUCGCCACAUUAAACAAUAAUCAGCAUAAAGAUGUUAUUACGAGAACAGAUCCUUGGAAAUCAAAUGAAUAUUGUUACAAUUAUCUGGUUGAUAUUGACGGUGAUUCUGAACUUUCUUAAAACCCUUAAUAACAUUUAGAAUUUGAUGAAAAUAUUGUUGUGUAUGAAUUAACAAUGGGCAAAAAGUUGGCUGAAGAGUUGAUACAAUUAUAGAAGGAGAAAGAUUACGAUAUUUCGGGGUAGGUCUGGCUAUUUGCAUUAGGAUUAUAAUUUACAAAUUUGUGA